AUGGUGGCGUCUGUGAGGCGGCUGGCUGGGAUCGCGUACGCCAGGGCUCUGCACGAGGGCGCCGGCGAGGAGGCCACGCGGGAGGCGGAGGCCUUUCUGCGUCUGUGCGCGAAAGCCUGGUCCCCAAACGCACCGCAGGCGGUCCCCAGCCCGCCCACGCUGGACUUCAUCCAGGACGUGCAGGCCCUGUUCCAGCAAAUGCAGAGCACGGUGGCAUCCGCCGCACAAAGCCUGCGCAGGUUCCAGAGCCCGCCCGUCCACGCCGCCCUGGUCAAAGGCGCCCUGGCGUUCCUGUGCGUCCUGAACGGUCCCGCCCACAUCUCCAGCAUGACCAUCGAGGCCCUGCAGCAGAGGGAGGGCCCCGAGAUCCUGGGGGAUGGCGAGAACUGGGGGGACGGCGAGGACAGGGAGGAGCCCGAGAACCGGGAAGAUGGCGAGGACCCUGAGAACCAGGGAGACAGCGAGAACUGGGAGGACGGCGAGAACCGGGGAGAUGGCGAGGACGGGGAGGACCAUGAGAACCAAGGGGACAGCGAGAACUCGGAGGACGGCGAGGACUGGGGGGACCCCGAGGACUGGGGGGAUGGCGAAGACAGGGAGGACGGCGAGGACAGGGAGGAGCCCGAGAACCAGGGGGACCCUGAAAAUCGGGAGGAAGGCGAGAACCGGAAGGACCCCGAGAGCCGGAAAGACCCUGGGAACCAGGAGGAAGGCGAGAACCGAGAGAAUGGCGAGAACCGGGAGAACGGCGAGAACCGGGGGGACCCCGAAAACUGGGAGGACAGCAGCGAGUCGCUGCUUGAAAAGAUUCUGCACAAAAGAAGUGUGAAAGUCACCGUCUCCUGCAACAGCGGCUCUAACGGGACCGUCUACCUGCCCUCCUGCCUGCUUGGCGCCGUGCAGCUGCUGGCGGAGAAGCGAGCGGCGUGCGGCGUUCCCGGGAGCAGCCCGCACGUCUUCACCCGGCCCCUGGGCUCCCAGUCCAGCGCCUGGAGGCCCGGCUGCCUCAUCCGCUCCCUCAUCUCUCUGUGCGGCGCCAAGCGUCCGGACGCGCUGGCGUCCCCGAGCUUCCGCCUGCAGAGGAGGAGGAUCUUCCAGCUGCUGCUGCUGGGCGGCGACGGGCUGCGCCAGCUGGCCGGAGCAUUAGGAUGCGACAUCCCCACCGAACCGCCGUUCUACCGGACGCCGGAGGCCGCCGCCCACAUCGCCAGAGUCCUGGAGCUGCUGCUGGCUCUGGAGACCGGACACAUGGGCAGGUUCGAGGGGAAGCCCCUGGAGGAAAUCAGCUUUUCAGAACUGCUGCGUCCAGCGAUGGAGCCGAACAGCAAAGCUGCCGGUGGACCCAACCGGGCCAGCGGUGCCUCAAAGGGAUCCAGGUCAGAUGCUGAAAGGAAAAGCAAAGGGUCUGCGGGGAGCAGCAGCACGGGGCCUGACGGCGAGGACAAGCUGAGCGGCGAGCAGAUCGCUGUCGGCGAGCCGGAAAAAGACGACCAGCCGGCUAAGAGUCCAGCCGAGGCGCCCGGAGACGAAUACCAAGAAUCCCAAAUGGGCUUCAGUGAUGAUGAUGAGGACGGUUUGAAUGUUGACCUUAACAUGGACGCUGAUGAUGAUGAGGAUGAUGAUGGUGGCAGAAAUGAGGCAGAGAUGGGGGGGGGCAACGGAGGGAAGGACGCCAGCGACGGCCAUGACAGCCAGAAGGAAGCCACGCCUCCAAACGAGGAGUGUUCAGAGCGGGGAGACUCGAAUGGAGACGAUGGGGGGGAGGCAGAAGACGACAGCAUGGAUGUGGAGGAUGGCGCCCCCCCCCUCCCUCAGAGCAUGCCUAUCUCACCAGAAAAGACCAGCUUAUCGGCAGCUUUGCAGAAGAUGAAAGAAGUGAGGAUAAUGAUCCCCAAACUGGACAUCGAGAAAAUACAGGCGUGUGUUCACAUUUCCCGGCCGCCGUCUCCGAGUGGCGAGCAGCUGCUUGAAGGCGGCGGCGAGCAGCAAGAAGCGGCACCGGCGCCGCCAAACAAACCAAGCUGUGCAAAGGAGGUGCACAUGAACUGCUCGCACUGCAAAAAGAGCAUGAUGAAGGGACACACUGCCUACCAGAAGAAGGGCUUUGCAGACGUCUUCUGCUCCAAAAACUGCCUGUUCCAGAUGUUUCCUCCCAGUAAAGCCGACGCGAGGACCUGCUACUUCUGCCUGAAGGCGAUCUCACGGCCUCUGGACCUCAUCAUGGCCGUGGUGGACCUGAAAGGAACCAUGAAGGACUUCUGCAGCCUGGCCUGCUUGUGCUCCUUUAAGUCGGACUCCUCCCCCUCCAGCCGGACCGUGAGGGCCCCUGAGUGCAGGGACCAGGGGCCCGUUUGUGAGAGCUGCAGCUCGGCCUGCGGCUCCAAGCCCCUCAGGCUGAAGCUGGACGACGGCUUCAGGACCAUCUGCAGCGCGCCGUGUCUGGAGGAGUUCAGAGAGCCAGUGUCCUCCAUGGUCACCUUCACAAACUGCCUGGACAUCGUGCAGCUCUUCUGUAAUCGAUACUGCGUGUUGUCCUACAAGCUGAUUCCCAAAAUCAUGGACGACCCUCAAGAAAACACACUCCCAACUCCUGAACUGGUGGACAAGAGUGUCCAGUCAGAGCAGGAAUCAGAAACUGAUGGAGGAGAAGUGGGCCCAGACGACGCGCCCCGGCUCUUCGUUUCAAACUCGGACGUUCAGUGUUGCCAAUGUGCCAAAGUCCUGCUGGAGGGAAGCUCGGCCUACCAGCCCAGGAGCUCCAGGGAGGUUUUCUGCUCUGCCUCUUGUUUCUCAGAGAGAAACCCUCGCAUCAAGAAAUGCUACAACUGCUUCCAGCUGAUAUCGCGGCCUCAGAACAUCAUCCUGGCUCCGGACGGGUCGGGAACCAUGAGGAAGCUGUGCAGCAACGCCUGCCUCUCGUCUGUGGAGUCCAAGAGGAAAAUAGCCGCCGAGAGGCAGCUGCGCCACGUGUGCAAGAUGUGCAACAAGCGCAGACUUGUGAGGAAAAACCCCAAGCCUGGCUUUUUGUGGGAGGACAGAAGGGGAAAGAAAAAAGUGGAGCCGCAGCAUGUUUUCCUGCCUCCGGGGAAACAUUUUCUCUUGGUUUCCAUGCAGAAAAAUGCCGCUUUCUGUGGAAACAAGUUCACUUUGGUGUGCAACUUCAGGGUGGCCGUGGAGGGCGAGAGCCACCGACUGUGCAGCAGAGCCUGUCUGAGCAGCUACCAGGAGGCUCACGGCUUCCCAACCUGCGACGUGUGCGGCGCCGUCUGCCCCAACAAGCGGCUGGCGCUCAACCUGGAGGCCGGCCGCAAGACGGUCUGCGGGGACCGGUGCCUGCUCAGGCUCAAAGAGCAGAAAAGCACCUUCCCCCCUUUUAGUCAACCUGAUUUGUUCCCCAACAUCCACCCGAAGCUGGAGCGACCUCCUGGUGACGCUCUAACGUCUCCCCCUAGGGAGGAGGCGCCUCAGCUCUGCUCGACGUGCUGCACCCCCCACCAGCUGUCCGACAUGGUGGAGGACAGGAACCACCGAGCAGAGCUGGACUUCUUCUGCAGCCACCGGUGCUCCAUGGUGCGCCGCGCCCAGGCGCUCGCCGACUCAGGUGCUGCCACGCGCUCUCUUUGUUUGUCCAGAAUCGUCCAGAUUAGAAAAGGCGAUAAAAGUCUGUGUUUCAUGGCCGUUUUGCCCUUUUUCGCAGAGAGGGAGAGCGCUUCUCCAGACAAAAAGGAGGAGAAACCUCUGCUGCCUUUGCCGAAGAUAAAAGAGGAGCCGGCGGAUGAGGAGUACGCCAAGCCUGUUGCCGAGGGCGUUGCCGAGGGCGUCGCCGAGGGCGUCGCUGAGCCUCCUCAGCGGCCUAAGGAGGAGCCCAGCGGGUCAAAGAGUCAGUGGUUCGAGAAGCUCCAUGACCGGGAGACCCAGGACUCCCAAUCACAAGAUUUUGGUCUUUUUGUGCCUGCCUUUUGGUUCCUGCCUUUCGGUUCCUGUUAUUUGGUUCCUGCCUUUCGGUUCCUGUUUUUUCGGUUCCUGUCCAUGACCUGGUGUAAACUUUGCUUUAGUAGUUUGACCCCCAAAAACAAAACAAAUAACAACAUAUUGAUAAAGUCUAACAAACAAAACCCAACAUCAGUAAAAAUCUGGAACUUAUUUGACACGUUCUCUGAAAAAACAACAGCAGACCAGAAUCAGAAACUGCUCUCGUCCCUUCAGGAGGACUUGAGAAUCGGCUCCGUCUUCUCUCUGACUGAGGACAUCAAGCCUGUGGCGGCCGCCCCCCCCCAGAGCGACCUGCCUGCCCGCUGCUCGGCCUGCCAGCAGCCUCUGCUGGACGGGAAGUCGGUCUACCAGCGGAGAGGCCACGCAGACAUCUUCUGCUCCACCUCCUGCCUGCUGACGUUCCACCAGAGGAAGUCCGUGAGGAGGACCUGUCACUUCUGCCUGCAGGUGCUGGGGCAGCCUCCAGCCGGCCUGCAGGCCCCAGUGGAUGAUGAGGGGACCCAGAAGGACUUCUGCAGCCAGACCUGCCUGUCCUCCUUCCACUACAGGAUGAUGGCGUCCAGCCAGCCGGACGCGGCGCCAGACGGCUCGCAACCCCAGUGCAGCGCGUGCAGCAGAUCCUGCAGCGUAAGCAAACGCCAACGCGUUAAACAGGCCUCCAUCUGUCUGUCUGUCUGUCUGUUUGCCUCCAUCAGUCUGUCUGUCUGUCUGUGGGGUAACAGACAGACGGAUUUAGAGUCUGUCCGUCUGUCUGUGGUUAAACAGGCCUCCAUCUUCCUGUCUAGCGGCCAGGAGGUGGCGCUGCAGGGCGCCGUGCACCAGCUGUGCAGCGAGCCCUGUUUGCGGCGUUUCUGCACCAGCAGCCAGCUGUGGCUGUGCGACAUGUGCAGGCGCUGUGGCGCCGAGCGGCUCGCCGUGCGGAUGGAGGACGGCGGCCGGACGCUGUGCGGCGAGGCCUGCCUCUCCCAGUUCAAGCAGAGCAUCCAAACCCUGCAGCCCUGCAGCACCUGCCGCGUCUCCAAGCUGUUGUCGGAAAUGACUGAGAGCAAAAACGAGGAAAACGUGAUUGAGUUCUUCUGCAGCUACAGCUGCGUGAUGGCGUCUAAGAUCCAGGCCAUCAGCGCAUCAGCCCCCGCCUGUCAUCUCGCCAUGGCGGACGCCUCUAUCCGAAACUUCUGCACUCUGAGCUGCGCCAUGGCCUUCAAGGAGAGCCAGAGAGACCAGAGCACUGCCCACAGCCAAACCCAGACGGACCCCAGCAAAGCCACAGACAAAGUGUCCUGUGCUCAGUGUCAGAAAGACAUAAAAAGUCAGCCCAAAGUCAUCCAGAAUGGGGGGGAGUUCCACGUUUUGUGCAGCAAAACCUGCUCCUUGGAGUUUAAGAGGACGCACAACAUCACAGGGAUGUGCCAGCACUGCAAGAGCGUCAAAAUCAUCAACGAGAUGGUUAAUUUGAGUAACAUUUAUUGCGGUUUAAACCUGAUUAUUGAGCCGUUUCUAAACUUUUGCAUGACUGUUUCAGUCCUCCAUUUUGGAAAAGUGUCUGCAGAAAAAUGGUGCAAGAUGUGGUUCAUUAAUGGGCUGGAGAAGAAGCAUGGCGAGCGGCGACGCCCGUGUGCCUUCUGCCUCUCGAUUUCUGCCCCAGUAGGGACGAUCGAAGGCUCAGAGGACGACUUCUGCUCAGAAAACUGCAUCUUCAGCUUCCAACAGCUCCUCAGAAACGUAAAUCUUCCCUUUUUCUGCUGUUUUGCUCCAUAUUUUGGUGAUUUUGCACGUGUUUCUGAGAUGUUUCCCUGUUUCAACCCACCUUAUUUAGCGCAUCAACAGGCUUUAGAAAAACUGAACAGUCUAUUGCAGAGAUCCAUUCAAGCUGAAUCGAGUUUAUGGAGGCAGGAAACAUCUCAGACCUGCAGGGCAGCAGCCCAAAGAGGAGUUUCAGCUUCCCUGUGUUUUCCUCAGGAGGCAAAGUGUGACGCCUGCAGCCACAAAGGGAAGCUGAGGCAGAGCCUUCCUCUGCUGGGAGUCGUCAAACACUUCUGCAGCCUCAAGUGUCUCCUUCACUUCUGCUGGACGAAGAGCCGAAUGGGGGACUCAGGGCCUUCAGCUCCUCGGCCUGCAGUGGAGUCGGUGCCCGUCAUCGCCAGCGUCAUCUCGCUGUCCGCCGCCCUGGCGGGACACCUGGGGGCCCCUGCGGGCGCCACGCAGCUCGCAUCUCUCUCUGACAUCCAGACCAAAGUCGUUGGACAUGCUGCCGUUCAAACCGCCUCCGGAGAUCUGAAGAACAAAUCUGUGCUGUGCGUGCCGCUCGUCCACAACAAAGGCGUCUCCUGCGGCGUGCGGAGCGUCGAGAUGGCGACGCAGACAGGUGACCACGCCCCCUUUGCCCCCCCCCCCGACACACAGGACCGGAGUCGCCCUAAGGUGUCGGUCCAGCCGGUACCGGUUCCGGUGCCGGUACCGGUGCCGGUGUACAUCCCGGUUCCUGUGGCCAUGUACAGCCAGCUGACCCCGACCCCUCUGGGCCUGCCCCUGCCGCUGCCGGUUCCGGUUCUCCUCCCUGAGACGUCACUCGGUUCCGGUCCAAAAGUGAGCAGGAAAACCCAAACUGAUCCUGCUGGAGGAGGUUCUGGUUCUGGGGAGUCAAAGGAACCAGAAGGACACGCUCUGCUCCAGAAAAACCUCGUCAGUUUGGAUCCGGAUCGUCGUCUCGUCUGCAGCAUCCAGAGAUGGACUGAAGCCGCCCCCCCGCCUCCAGAGGCCACUCUGAGCAUGCCCAACCCCUCCGAGGUCCAGGAAAGCCUCCAGAGUGGACGAGGUAAGAGAGGAGGGAUCUGGGUGGGGGGGGCAGUCCUUUCUUGGGGGGCUGUUUUUCUCAUGCUCUCCUUUCUGGGGGGGGCAGGUGGCGCCCGCGAGGCUGAGCAGCCGCUGGGGGGCCGAGGCCUGGAGGAGGUGGGUCCAGUGGAGGCGGUCCCAGCCCGGCCUGGGCCACCUGACCGAGACUCACAGCUCUGUCUGCCGCCAGCCGGGAAGCUGAGGCCGGACGUCCUGCAGUGUCCUUCGGCCGUGCUGAGCCAGGGCCUGUGCCUCUUCAUCAGGGAGGUGGACCGGCUGCAGGAGGAGCCGCCCCCCCCCGACGGCCUGUUUUACCUCUGCCUCAGCCUGCAGCAGGUGCUGUCCGGGGCCCACGUCCCUGUGCUUAUUUAUGUCUCUUUGUUGUUCACCUGCUGGAAAACGGCCGUGGGUUUGAUCCUCCUUUCUCCCUCCUCUCUGGCCCCCACCCUGGUCUCCUUUCUCCCUCCUUUCUCCCUCUUCUCUGGCCUCCUCAUUCUUUCCUUUCUCCCUCAUCUCUCCUUCUUCUCUCCCUCCUCUCUGUUUCUUCUCUGUUUCCUCUCUGGCUCUUUUCUCCCUCUUCUCUGGCCUCCGUUGUCCCUCCUCUCUCUUUCAUCUCUCCCUCCUCUGGGGCCUCCUCUCUCCCUCCCCCUCCUCUCUCUUUCCUCUCUCCCUCCUCUCUGUCCUCCUCUCUGCACCCCCCCUACCCCCUCUGUCCUCCACCUCCUCCUGAGCUCUGCCUCCCCUGCAGGUGCCGUGGGCUCCUGUGUGCAGGAGUCCUUCCUGUGGGACAGCCGGCUGCUGGGGGCCUACUCCCCCUCCACCAUCCUCCACACGCUGCUCUUCUUCUGCUGCAAGUACUUCGGCCUGAGGACGCUGGAGCAGCACCGCCGGCUCUCCUUCUGCCGCCUAAAGAGCUGCAGGAGGACCCACCCGGACGGCAGCCAGACCGCCAUGCUGCGCCUCUACCCCCCCACGGGGCCAGGUACAGGCCCCACAGCCCCCCCAGGGGGGAGGUACCAGACCCCAGGGCCCCAUCAGGGGGCAGGUACAGGCCCCACAGCCCCCCCAUGGGGAAAGUACAGGCCCCACAGCCCCCCCAUGGGGAAAGGUACCAGACCCCACAGCCCCUCGGGGGGCAAGUACAGGCCCCAGGGUUCCCCCAGGGGGAAGGUAUGGGCCCCACAGCCCAACCAGCCCCAACAGGGUGCAGGGGGCAGGUACCAGACCCCACAGCCCCCCAAGGGGAAAUACAGGCCCCACAGUCUCCCCCAUGGGGAAUUUAGAGGCCCAAGAGCUUCCCCAAGGGGCAGGUACCAGACCCCAGAGCUCCCCCAGGGGGGAAUUUACAGGCCCCAGGGGGAAAUGACAUGCCCCACAGCCUCCCCAUGGGGAAAGUACAGGCCCCAGAGUCCCCCCAGGGGAAAAGGUACCAGCCCGAGAGCCACCCCCCCCCCAGCUGACGGCCUCCCUUUGCUUCCAGAGGCAGAAGGCGUCCCGGCAAAGCGGCGGCGGCUGGCUGAGGAGCAGCGGGCGGCUGUUCUGGAGGUGUCGGAGAACCUGGAGAACCCUCUGCGCUGCCCGGUCCGCCUCUACGAGUUCUACCUGUCCAAGUGUUUUCUGUUACUCUUUGUGGUGUUUUGUGUGCUGUUAUUUAAUCUUUUCGGUCCUCUGUGCAGCUCUGAGUCGGUGAGGCAGCGUGGGGACCUCUUCUACCUUCAGCUGGACCACAGCUGUGUUCCCAGCAGCCCUUUGUGGUUCCUGCCCACCCCGCUGGACGAUGACACCCUGGAGGCCAUGCUCAUUCGAAUCCUCACCAUCAGAGAGCUGCAGGUGGCAGAAGACGGCCUGGUCUCUGCAGGGCUCUCUGCAGGACCGACCUUCCUCAACUUCGGGUCGCUGUGGACCACGCGCGCCGGGGCGGCGUCUGCGCGUCUCUUCAGGAGCCCGGAACACGGCCUCCCUGAACUGGGCCGGAACAGAAACAUUUUUAGAGGGGGAAUGGUUUUAGACGGGGAAAAUAGGACGUCUUUAGAGCUGCGGGAAGGACAGGACUUCAUUAAUCUGGACACCAAAUGGCUCGACAGCACAAACUCAAACUUGACUUUAUUUCUUAAGGCUCCAGAGAUGCUCUGGAGCAGACGGUCCGUUUCCCCGGCCGGACGGAGGGGAGCAGCACGUCUGACCUCAUGGAGCCGUUUCCAUGUCGCAGAUGUGAAUGAAUAUCCGGGGAAGGGCGUCUGUGCCUUUUACUAA